AUGCUGAUCGCCGACAUCAAGCAGAUGUACCGCCAAAUCCUGGUCGACGAGCAAGACACUCCACUGCAGCGAAUUGUUUGGCGAGUUUGGCAGCCAGCGCACCAUAUCACGCAACGAGAGUUCUCCACUGAAGUUCUACGCUACGAUGAUCUGUUUUCUGGUGGACGAAACAUAGCAGAAACAACCGCUUUACGCAAGCAGCACGACGCGCUGUUGCUCAAGGGCGGUUUCAAACUCCGCAAAUGGGCAUCCAAUGAAGAAGCAGUACUGGAGGAUAUCCCAGCAGAAAAUCGUGCUGUACAAGGGUCGGUCGACCUAGACCGAGAUCCAUGCAUCAAAACGCUUGGGCUUCACUGGGAACCGUCCAUCGACAAGCUCCGGUACAAAAUUCAGCUUGCGACAUCGACGACAGACGCACCACUAACGAAACGCAUCGUACUAUCGUACAUCGCCCCCAAAAUCUUUAUGCAGACUCUCUGGACCUUGAAGGAGGACGACGGAAAAAUUUGGGGCUGGGACAACGAACUACCGCCAGACAUCAAGGAACGCUGGCACGAGUAUCAAUCGCAACUCUCUCGAUUGAACGAUUUGCGCAUCGACCGUUGCAUCCUUCUUUCCAAUCCCGUAUCAGUCCAGCUGCAUUUUUUCUCCGACGCUUCGGAACACACAUACGGCUCGUGUGUCUACGUCCGCUCAAUAGACGCUUCUAGUGCAGUUAAAGUUUGUCUGCUGACUGCGAAAUCGAAGGUCGCACCCCUGAAAAGGCAAAGCAUUCCCCGACUCGAGCUCUGCGGUGCCCUUCUGUCUGCUGAACUCUACGAGAAGGUGAUGUCAUCGCUCCAAAUACACGCAGAAACGUUCUUUUGGGUUGAUUCUACCAUCGUGCUGAGUUGGCUAAAUUCUUCUCCGUCGACCUGGACGACGUUCGUGGCCAAUCGAGUCUCCAAGAUUCAGACCGCCACGCAAAACUACUCUUGGAAUCACGUAGCAGGCCAGCAAAUCCCAGCAGACCAUAUUUCCAGAGGGAUACCGGCAGAAACCCUUCUCCAAUGUGAUCUCUGGUGGCAAGGAUCACAAUGGCUUCAGAACGACCAAAGCGACUGGCCCAUACAACAACACGACAACAUUCAGCAUUCCGAAGUUCUCGAAGAAGCACGAAAGGCACCGGCAGCAGUAGCUCCAGCUAACAUCGAACCAUCAUUCGUCGACGAAUUCGUUGAACAAUUCUCCGACUUCCAGCAUAUGGUCCGAGUAGCUGCUUACUGUCGACGAUUUCUUCAGAAAUGUCAUCAGCUGAUUCGCAUUGGCGGCAGACUGGGGAAGGCCAAUCAACAGUACGACAGUGAACACCAGAUUCUUCUUCCCGCUUCGCAUCAUUUCUCCAUCAUACACGUUCGCUACUACCACGAGAAGCAUCUGCACGCAGCACCCCAACUUCUGCUUAACCUACUUCGAUUACGGUACUGGAUCACCGGGGGCAGAAGUCUGGCCAAACGCACAGUUCACAAAUGUGUGAUUUGCGUUCGAGCUCGCCCCAAGCUGCUCGAGCAAUUCAUGGCCGAACUACCCGCAGCUCGACCAUUCUCAUCGACUGGCAUCGACUAUUGGAGACCGAUUUCUUUAAAACCACCCCAUCGAAGAGCUGCACCUAUCAAAGCAUACGUUGCAGUUUUCGUGUGCUUUGCAACGAAAGCUGUGCACCUUGCAUUGGUGGGUGACCUGUGCACUGCCAAAUUUAUUGAAGCGCUUCGCAGAUUCGUCUCUCGUCGCGGAUUGUGCACCGAAAUCUACAGCGACAACGGACGCAACUUCGUAGGAGCAACCAACGAACUGCGUCAAAUAUUGCGAAGCAAGGAUCAUCAGCAAACAAUCGCCCGCGACUGCGCCGACAAUGGAAUCCGUUGGCAUUUCAACCCCCCACGAGCAUCGCAUUUUGGUGGCCUAUGGGAGGCCGUAAUAGCUCAAAAACAUUUCAUUCGAGUACUUGGGACGCACACUCUACCCUACGACUCGAUGGAAACCCUGCUAGCGCAAAUCGAAUGCUGUCUCAACUCUCGUCCUCUCGUGCCACUCUCUGACGAAUCGACCGACUUAGAAGCGCUAACCCCAGGCCAUUUCCUCACUGGAGCCGCUUUGAAGGCUGUCCCGGACAUCGAUGUCACCGAGAUUCCCUUCAACCGACUUCGCCAGUGA